AUGGCUCCUGCAAAAAAUGAUCUUAUCCAAGAUGUGCUAGCUCUAAGGGCUAGAGAUUACUACAUUGCAUGCAGUAAUCAAACCAUUCAAGUUGGAAAUCUUACCGCCCAUCUAGCAGCCUUUCCAUCUGGUCUCGACGAAGUAGAUGUGAAUAUAGAGGAUUUUAGUCAUUUUGAAAUUCGAAAGAUAAAUAAGAAUAAAUCAAUCAUACUCCUAAUGUCCAAGCAAAAAGGAGCUUAUAUACCAAAAGCACUUCUAGGCAUUACUAAAAUAAAAGAUCAAGCUAAUUUUAAAGCGAUAUUCUUGGAUACAAAGUUGGAUAACGAUCUAGACCGUCUGAAUAUGUUCAAUUACCUUCACAAUCUUACCAGUGAAAUCACCAAUGCUCAAGAUCUCAAAUGGCAAUUUAUCAUCCCACUGUAUCAUCCAAACGAAACGACUACAACAGCUAUGCUGGAGAUUGUCGAUAAACAAAGUGAAUUGCAAGCACUCUGUUUCAAUCACGACGGAAAUAUUACAUUAAUAAAUCCCAGUAUUCAAUAUAACCCACCCGAAACACUACUAGCCUUGGUUUUAAUAAAAAGAAUCAACGAUCAUAUCUUGUGA